AAACUAUUUAAAGUAUAAAACUUUGCAGGUCUCAAUAUCAACGUUCAGUGAGAAUAUACUCGUUAAAGUUAAUUAUACAAACAUAAUCAAUAUUAUAUCUGGCGUGUGCAUUCUGAUCUACUAUUUUUACUGACUAUUAUUUACAUUAUGAACACGCAGAAAGUUUUUCAACAGAAUUUAAGUGGGUGAUAUUGAUAAGACAAUUCGUUUUGGAGUCAAGUAAUAUCAAGAACUGUUUCAGGUAAUUAUGGAACAAGAAAUGGAUGAACAGCCUUUGACAAAUCGAGUGCAGAUGUGGCAAAAACGAGCAGACGACCACAAAGAGAAACAACUUAUCAACCCAUUCUCUGAUUGGGAGGGAGCAUCACAUCGCCAAAAAUUGUCUAAAGACGAUGAAAAUUAUGGACGCCCCGUAUCAGGAUCAAAAACUGAAAUCAGAGGGAAACAGGCAGGUGAACAAAGUAGUCGUGAAGUAAUUAGUCUUUGUUAUGUCAUUUAUGACUUGGGAAAGCACCAAGAAGAUGGAAGUUAUAACAUUACUUUUGGUGAACUAUUUGAAACUUUCCUUAUGAUAUCUAAUAACUUAGUGGGAACAUUACUUAGAGCUAGAAAAUAUAAAUUUGUGGAGUUUGAAGGAGAAAUGUUGUAUCAAGGACGGGAUGAAGAAAAAGUGAUAACAUUAAGGACUUUACCGGAAAGACCGUAGUGUUUGUUUUUGUGACUAUUUACCAGAAAAGGAACGUAUGGGACUAUGUGCAAAUUAAGUGACAUAUACCGUGGACCCGUUUUAAGAACAUCAGAAUGUGGCACUACAGGGCAGUGGGAUUAUAGCGCACCUGCACUCCCUUUGUCAAACUAGGACUGUAGACGUUGUUAGUAUAUCACGAAUCUUAGUUCUGGACGAUGAAAACUCUUAGUCGAUCGGAAUGAUUUAUCGUUAAUUAAAUGAUUAAUGUGAACGAAUGUAGAUUAACUGGCAUAAGAAUAUAUAACAAACAUAUUCAGUAUUUGAUUUUGAAGUGCGUUUGCUUAAAAUUCAAAUUCAAAUCAAAACUUUUGUUGUAAACAUUUAUGUGCUCAAAAUCUCUUUUAAAUUAAAAACAAUUAUUUAAAAAUCGACA